UAUUUACAUCCGUUACCAGGCAGCGAAGCGCCGCAUGACGGUAAAACUCUACCAAAAUAAAGAUUGAAAAGCUGCUCCUUCAGCGGAUUAAUGCUGUUUGCACUGUUAAAAUCUAGAAAGCCUUUGUUUUCAGUUUUGUUCAUUUGUUUUGUUUAUGUCCUCCCUCGAAAGACUAAUGGUCUGCUGUUAUUAAGAGAUUUUCUUGGAAGCCCGUGUAACGUUAACGGAAACAUCAGAUGUGUGUUUAUAAACCAUGUCUGCUGUAGACGAGACAGUCUGUAAACUUCACUCAUUCACGAUUUUAUUACAGUUUCAUCAAGAAGUUCCUGUGAAGGCCCGACUUCUAAUCUGAUAUGAACUUGGGAAGAUAUCUCAUAUAAAUAAUUGUAGUCAUGGCCACCAAAAUGUCAUCGCCCAGUGAUGUACGAGAGAAGAUAAGGAAGAAGAGGAGAGAACUGCAGGAGUCUUUAGGAAGUGUCAGAGAUGAUAAACAGGCUUUGGUUCCGUCAGACUGGGAUCUGUCUAAGGAGAAUGAACACACUGCGGUGGAGGAGCUUCCAGGUGGAGAAGAGGACCCUGGUGAGACACUCAGACGUUCAGUGAUGGCGAAGAGAAUGAAAAAGAAGAAGAAGCUGCUUAAGGAGAUGGCGGUAGAGUCUCCUCCAGAUGAGGAGGAGGUGACAGCAGUGCAGGAGAUGAGAGAGGAGCAGGACAGAGGAGACGAUGUAGAAAGCCCACCAGCGCGCUCACCGAGAGAUCUUCCUCCUCGUCCUGUGAUAAGGCCAGGAUCCAGCCAAUCAGAGACCACCAUGAGACUGCGCAUGACUGAGAAGCUGAGAGCAGCAAAGUCUAAAGCCGCUAGUCUUCUAGAGCAGGACAGCAUCAUUGAGCCUGCCAGCCGUCUACAGAGUCUACGAGACAGAGACACCCUCACUAGAUUCGACAGAGACACGGGUCCAGAUCUACAGGCCGAUGAAGACUCAUCCUUUGCUGCCAGACUGAAGUUUCGUGAUGCAUCUAGACGUGCAACCAAAGACAAAAGGGCUGAGGCUGAUUUGCCGACCGCUGAAGAGGCGUACAACUUCUUCACCUUCAACUUUGACCCAGAGCCUCAACAGCAACCGCGCCGUAAGAAAAGACAUUCCAGGAGAAGAGAAGCAGAGGAGGAAGGAGAGGGGGAAUCAGGGGAGGAAGAUGAAGAGAAGGAGGAAGAAGAAGGGGAGGAAGAGGGUGAAUUGGAGGGGGAGCAUGAAGGAGAAGAAGAGUCUGAAACCAGGGAUGAAGAUGCUCCUCUGGUCAGAGACGAUGAGGAUUUGUUCAUCAUUGACCAAUCAGCACAGGACUUCCUGGAAGUGAAGAGAGCGGAAUAUAUAGGCUACAGCAGGCGACUGCAGAGGGAGCGAGAGACACUGUUUGUUCCCAGCAUGAGGCCAGUUCCUGCCUCCAGUAAGCUGCCAGAGAACGUGCGUCCCCGUUACCUGGAGGAGGAAGGGUUAUAUGUGGGGGAGAGGCCACCCGUCUGUCUGACCAAUCAGAACAUUUUGGAAAACCGAAUCCUGAAGCAGGCUGAGGGAAGGAAGUGGUUUGGAGAUGAUGGGUGUAUUAUUGCUCUGCCUGACCCAAUCAAUGAGUCCUCGUCCAGACCGCCUCUCUUCCACCUGGAGGAUGAGCUGGACCCUGCGCUGCAGGCUGUCUACAGAAAGGCUCUGAAGACCAAGCAUGUGAACCUCUACAUAACUGGAAUGGGCGACCCCCAGGCAGACUACCAGCUGGAUGUAGAUGCAUCCGGCCUCAUCUUCUCCCAUCAUCCUCUCUUCAGCCGUGAACACGUGCUGGCAGCCCGUCUCGCCCAGCUGUACGAUCAGCACCUGACCAGACAGCACAAGAACCUCACACGACUCCUGACUGAUAAGUUGAACAGCUUGAGGAACACGAUUCAGAAUAUGCUGGAGCUACACAGAGGAGAGGCUCUGAGUCAGGUGACCCAGCAGAGGAUAGCGGAGUACAAACAGGAAGUGAGACACACUCGUCAGUUGCGUGAUGUGGAGCAGGAGAAGGACAGAGCUCUCCUCAAAAGCAUCAUUAGAGUGUGGAAGGAGCUCAAAGCUCUGAGAGACUUCCAGAGAUUCACCAACACGCCCUUCAAACUCUUCAUCAGGAGGGAGAAGGUGGACAGAGAGCAGGACGAGCAGGAGUUUGAGAAUGACAUCAUAGCGGAGGUGUCAGAGCUGGAGGCGGAGGCAGAGGAAGACUAUCAGAGGAAAAUGAGUGAAUACCGAAGACAACAUGAGGAAUGGAAAUCCUGGAAGAGAAAACAGAAAGCUUUGAAGAAAAAGCAGAAAAAGAAAAGACAGCAGGAGGAGGAAGAGGAGGAUGAGGAAAGUGAGGAAGAGCUGGGCGAGGAGCCAGAGAAGCCGGAACCUCCAGAGAAACCAGACAUGGGCGACCUGGAAGAGCAAGUGAGGGAGAAGGCAGCCAGGAUCCACAGGAAACCUGGAGAACCGGUUCUGAUUCCAGAACUUACCGUCUCUGGGCCCGUCACCCCCAAUGAGCAGUGCCCACGUGCCGAGUUUGCUCGUAGAGAGGAUGUGGCCAAACGUGCCCUCUUCAUCAAGGUCCUGUACAACGAUAAAGAAGUUUCCAGAACAGACAGUCGAACCCUCAACAUGGAUUUCAGAGUUCACUUUGGUCAGAUCUUCAACCUCAAGAUAGUGAACUGGCCAGAAAGCAUCAAACUGCAGGUGUUUGAGAGUGUCGGCUCGUCCUCCUCCCUGCUGGCUGAGGUGUGUGUGCCGGUUCCAGAAUCUUCCAUCCUGACCGGCAGUGCACCGUUUGAGGAGAUGGAGUUUAGCAGCAACCAAAGAGUCACGUUCAACCAUGAGGGGGUCGGCAGUGGUGUUCCGUUCUCUUUCGAGGCCGACGGCACUAACACGCAGACCCUGUUGACGUCAGGGAAGCUCUCCUGCUGCCUCUCCUGCUGCGUGUCAUGGGCUGUAGGGGAAGAUGACGUCCCCCUCGCUCCCCCGUCCAGUCAGCCUGGAGGGGGUAUGUACAGUGGUCUCAGGCAGAUGGACGCUAUAGCAUGUAUUGGAGCAUCUGGGCUGAAUGACAUGAAGAAAUUGGGGAAGUGGGCGGCUGAGUCUCGCCUCGACCCCAAUGACCCCAGCAAUGCUUCCAUCAUGCAACUACUCUCGGUGGUGAGUGGUGGAGAUGUGGCGGUGCCUGAAUAUUUCCGCCUGGAGCAGCUUCAGGAGGAGUUUAAUUUCCUAACCGAUGAGGAGCUGCAUCGUUGCCGUCGCUUCCGUCUCCUGAGGCUGCGGAGUCAGGAGGUGCCAGAGUUCCGUCACUUUAAAUGCGUCCCGUCCAUGGAGCGGGAAAUAUCUGAAAAAGUGUUCCAGGAUUAUGAGAAGAGACUAAAGGAGGGCGAGAUUAUUGAUACCAAAGAACACAUUGAUGCACAUCGAGCCCUUGUGGCCAAAUAUCUGCAAAGAGUGCGGGAGUCAGUUAUUAAUCGUUUCCUCAUAGCGAAGCAUCAUUUCAUCCUGUCCGACGUGGUUUCGGAGGACGAGGUCCCCAGCAUCGGUGGUCCAGGUGGUGGGCUGUUAGGCUGGAACCUGUUCAAACUGGCCGAGCCCAAACGGCCCCUGAAGCCUCGCAGGAAGGAGAGGAAGAAGGUGACGGCUCAGAACCUCUCAGAUGGAGACAUCAAACUCCUGGUCAACAUCAUCAGAGGAUACGACAUCCCCAUCCGCAGACCUUACGCCAGCAAACCCCCUGUGUCGGCUAAGUCUGGGCGAUCAUUCGCAGAGCCGUUUACAGCUCCUGUGUCGUCCCAUACACCCCAGCAGGGCAGUGAGUGGCCCUUCGGACAGCCUCUGAUCAGGCCGUUUGUGGAGGUGUCUUUCCAGCGAUCAGUGCUGCAGACGUCUACCGCUGACGGUCCAAACCCCUGCUGGAACGAGGAGAUUGUUCUGCCAUUCAGUGCUCCAAACGGAGACUACAGCUCCACCAGUCUGCAGUCGGUCAGAGAUGAGGUCUUCAUCAACAUCUUCGAUGAGGUCCUCUAUGAUGUAGUGGAGGAUGAGCGGGAGAGAGGGAACACUAUUCACACCCGUAUAGAGCGGCACUGGCUCGGCUCCAUCAAGAUCCCCUUCAGCACCAUCUACCUGCAGUCUCGGAUUGAUGGGACGUUUAAGGUGUCCACUCCUCCAGUGCUGCUGGGAUACAGUAAGGAGCGCAGUUUGGGCAGUGAAGGUGGAUAUGACGCCGUCCGCAGCCGGAGUGAAGGAACCUUCCUCAGCCUCUUCAUCACUAUUGAACCCCAGCUGGUUCCUGGAGACACCAUCAGAGAAAAGAUGAAGGAAGUAAAGUUCGACUCUCAGGAAGGUGAGCGUUUGUUGAUAGCGAGUGAAGUGUUUGAGAAGGAGGCGAGUGGGCGUUUCCCCGACCGGCCCUGUCUCACUACCGUCAUCGACAUCAACGGCAAAGCCGUCUUCGUCACACGCUUCAUACGGCCUCUGACCCCUCCGCAGGAGCUGCUAGACGCUUUCCCGAACGGCCCUCAGGAGACCGCGGAGUUGGUUGCGCGAUAUGUGUCGCUCGUUCCUUUUCUUCCAGACAGCGUGUCUUUCGCUGGGGUUUGUGACUUAUGGAGCACGUGCGAUCAAUUCCUAACGUUGCUAGCUGGAGAUGAGGAGGAGCAUGCUGUGUUACUCUGUAACUACUUCCUGUCGAUGGGGAAAGGGGCGUGGCUUAUCAUAGGCGUCGCCAUUCCUGAGGGCCCUACAGCGUACGUUUUGACGUAUGAGCAGAACCACUAUCUGAAUUUCAUAUCUGGGUUUCCCCUGCACCUUCCUUUCUCAGAGAUUCGGCCAAUCAUUGAAGCCGUUCACAGCACAGGGGUUCAUAAGGUCGAAGCCCCAAAUGUAGAGUUUGCCCUGGCGGUCUACGUGCACCCGUACCCCGGUAACGUGCUCUCCGUUUGGGUCUACAUCGCCUCCCUGGUCAGUGCACGCUAGAUCACAGCAGAACACCACCAGCAACAGGGAAAAGACUUCUUGAUAUGCUUCAUAGGAAAUGAAAAUGUCAUAUUUUAAAUAGAUUUUCGAUUUUGUAGAGCUCCUGUGCCUGUCAGUGUGUUUUAACACUACCUCUACUACUAGUAGUUGUCUUAUUUUUUUUUUUUAAAGAA